AUGACCCUCGGUCUUCCAGUGUACGUUAUCUUCGAUUAUGUCUUUCCCAAGAUCACGAUCUUCCCGAUUCUCGACGCCCUGAUUCUUGUCGUUGGCACAAACGUCGAUCCGUCCGCAUUUCCCUCUUUCAUGCUGGGCGAAUCUCAGGGCUUCGGAGUGGAAAAUUUGCCGGAGAAAGAGACUAACAUGGACAACAGGGGAGCCGUCAUGUCAUGCGCCGACAACUCUGGUGCCCGAAACCUCUACAUUAUUUCCGUCAAGGGUAUUGGCGCACGACUGAACAGACUGCCUGCCGCCGGUGUAGGUGACAUGGUUAUGGCUACCGUCAAGAAGGGAAAGCCUGAACUCAGAAAGAAAGUUAUGCCGGCAGUGGUUGUGCGACAGUCGAAGCCAUGGAGACGAGCGGACGGAAUUUACCUCUACUUCGAGGACAAUGCGGGUGUCAUCGUCAACCCCAAGGGUGAAAUGAAGGGCAGUGCGAUUACUGGUCCUGUUGGAAAGGAGGCAGCUGAGCUGUGGCCCAGAAUAGCCAGCAACAGUGGUGUCGUGAUGUGA